AUAUUAUAAUUUACUAAUAAGAACACUCAAUAUAACAUAAUCCUCAAAUUACCAUAUUAUUAAAACCGCGAUUCGGUAUUUUUUGGGGGGCUACAGUCAGGUCACACCCACCCCAACAGCCCCAUAUAGCCACCCACUCCGCCCCCACUUAGUGUACAUAACAAACGGGCUUAAUUGGCAAUUUAGUAAAAAGUUAAAUGUGCGCGGCAGGCAGUCCCAUAGUCAGUGCGCUCCUCCGGCAGAAUGGGCUUCUGCGAGCGGGUGGUGUCCUCCGUAGCUGGGACUUUACCGUCUCCAAACCGAACGCUCGAUCUCGAUCCGAAUCCCGCGCUUUCUCGUCGGACGCUGGGGCUUCCGCUCCAGCUGCUCCCGGGCAGAUCUCGCACCCAAAAACAGUGAGUGAUUUCCAAAAGCUUCACGAAGCCACCAAAAAGAAGUUCCAAUCCAAGAAGCUGCCCGCAGAUGUGCACCCGGAUGCGGUGUUCGCCUGCAACGAGCUGGAUCUCAGCGAGGUGCAGGUCUAUGGCUUCGACUACGACUACACCCUGGCCUGCUACAAGCCCAUCCUGGAGGACCUGCUGUACAAUCUGGCCCGCGAGAUGCUCGUGAAGCGGUUCCGCUACCCGGAGGACAUCCUGGACCUGGAGUACGAGCCCAACUUUGCGGUGCGCGGCCUGCACUACGACGUGGAAAAGGGGCUGCUGGUGAAGCUGGACAGCUUCCUGCAGCUGCAGUUAGGCUCCGUCUACCGGGGACGCACCAAAGUGGAGGCGGAGGAGGUGCUGAAGCUCUACCACAACCGCCUGCUGCCCAUCGCCUACGUGGAGGGGCCGAACAACAGCUACAGGCACAAUACCAAUUCCAAAAUGGUGCAGCUGGCGGAUCUUUUUUCAGUACCUGAAAUGUGCCUGCUGUGCAAUGUGAUCGAAUACUUUGAGCGCAAUCGCAUCGAUUAUAAUCCGGAGAUAGUUUUCCAUGACACUAGGACGGCAAUGGGCUCCUGCCAUCCCAUAAUGCACGGCAAAGUUAUGCUGAACACCGAAAAGUACAUAGAACGCAACCCGAAGCUCAUCAAGUUCUUUGAGAAGCUGCAGCAGGCGGGCAAGAAUCUCUUUCUGGUCACCAACAGUCCGUACUCGUUUGUAAACUGCGGCAUGUCCUAUCUAGUGGGCUCCAACUGGCGUGACUUUUUCGAUGUGGUCAUUGUGCAGGCGCGCAAACCCAAGUUCUUCACGGAUGAGUCUCGCCCAAUCAGGCUGUUUGAUGAGCGAACGCAGUCGCACCUUUGGGAUCGGGUCUUUAAGCUGGAGAAGGGAAAGAUCUACUAUGAGGGUUCGGUCAGACAGCUUCAAGAGCUCAAGGGCUGGCGUGGUCACUCCGUGCUUUAUUUCGGCGAUCAUCCGUACAGCGAUCUGGCAGAUGUUACUCUCAAGCACAGCUGGCGAACAGGUGCCAUCAUUAGUGAACUGGCUCACGAAAUUGAAACCCUCAAUCGCGAGGACUUCAAGAUGAGCGCCAACUGGCUGCAAAUGCUGACGCAGCUAAUCGAGGAGACCCAGGACGAUGAGAGCGAGGCAGCCCAGAUUUGCCUGAAGGAGUGGAUGGAGGAGCGGGAUCAGCUGCGCAACAAAACGAAGAACGUGUUCAACGAGCAGUUUGGCAGCGUUUUCCGCACUUAUCACAAUCCCACGUACUUCUCGAGACGCCUCUUCCGCUUUGCCGACAUCUACACCAGCGACAUAACAAACCUGUUAAAGUUCUCUACCACCCACACCUUCUACCCCCGCCGGGGCGUAAUGCCCCACGAAUAUGCCUCCCACUUCAUCUAAAGAGAGUGCGGAGACGGAAUAACGCCCGUUAGCAAGCUCAGAUUAGUUGUAGGUGAAAAAGUGCCAGUGUUGAUUGCCUGUAGAUCGAAUCUAGUGAAUUUAAUGCGUGUAUAUCGUUAUUUACAUUGUUGCUCAAUAAAAUCGUUGUAAUAGUUCAAGAAAA